AUGGACAAUCCGUGGUGGAGGCUCCAGCUGGACGGUGUGUACAGGGUGUCCGUGAUCGAGAUCACUAAUAUGUACUCAACAAGGAAGUGGCUCGACGGCGUGGAAAUACACAUCGGCAAUUCACUGGUCAACAACGGCAACGACAACCCGAGGUGUGCCAUCAUCCACGAUGUCCCCGACGGCUUGACUCAGACUGUCCAUUGCUGGGGAAUGGAAGGAGUGUAUGUCAACUUCUACAAGCCCUUCAACACUACAUACUUGAUGUUGUGUGAGGUCAAAGUGUACGGAGAGUUGGCCCCCGCUCCCCCCUCCAUCAGCACUCCGGGGGUGGGGAUGAACGUCACCCUGGUGGGGAAGCGGCUGUGCUGGUCCGACGCCCUGUUCUACUGCAGAGACUAUCACUGGGACCUGCUGACUCUCAGGGGCCCGGCGGAGCAGGAGAUGGUUGACGAUCUGGUGGCUCGCGCCCCCUUCACACCAACCAGCCAUCUCUGGGUGGGCCUGCGCAGGUCUAUUCAAGGAAGCUCUUGGUUUUGGAUGUCGGGUGACCCAAUGGACUUCACCCAGUGGGACGAGGCCUCACAGGAGCCCAGCCCCUGUGGGGGCAUUUCCAGCACAGAACGUUCCACAUGGAGGCAACGCUUUUGUGGGGAACAUCUCAACUUCGUCUGUUUCACAGCGUUCCAGUGCACUCCGUGA